GCUCUAGUCAGCGAGGGCACUCAGGUCACAGUCAACAGGGACGGUGGCUCCCCAAAAGAGUUGUCAUUAGAGAGAUGAUCUCCCUGGCUCUGGAUCUCACCAUGGAGCAGACGGUGCUGCAGAUACUGUUCGUACUGGUGCUGGGAACACAGUACCCUUGCUGUUCAGGUUUCCCGGUGUACGACUACAGUCCUUCCUCCCUGCAGGAAGCCCUCAGCGCCUCGGUGGCGAAGGUGAACUCUCAGUCGCUGAGCCCUUACCUGUUUCGGGCAUUCCAGAGCUCCUUGAAGAGAGUCAAUGCCCUGGAUGAGGACACCUUGAUCAUGAACUUAGAGUUCAGUGUUCGAGAAACUACAUGCUUGAGAGAUUCUGGAGAAGACCCGUCCACCUGUGUAUUCCAAAGGGGCUACUAUGUGCCAACAGCUGCCUGCAGGAGCACCGUGCAGAUGUCUGCUGAGCAGGUGCAGGACGUGUGGGCUCACUGCCGCUGGGCCUCCACAUCUGAGUCUAACAGCAGUGAAGAGAUGAUUUUUGGGGCCAUGACAAGAUCCUAUAGACAGAGAAACAAUUAUCUACUUGGUUUUCUUCCUCACCAGUCCAGAAGUGAACAGCUCUACGACAGAUCACUUGAGAUCAUGAGAAGGAGGCUUCCUCCUGCAAAUCGAAGGUUCCCAAACCAUCAGCACAGAGCAAGAGUAAAUUCUGGUUUUGAGUGACAUCCUGGAGCAGAUGCAAGGAAGGAAGAGAGACUCCAGUGAGAAAGAUGCGUCAUACACUGUGCCCGGUCUGCAAUAAACGUCUUCCUCCUCCUGAA